GGUUAGGCAGGUGAGCAGGUGCACACUUUGGAGACAGGUAACUAGGAUAUUCCCAUCAGCACAGGAGCGUUGGGUGCCCUGCCGUGACAACAUAGCCCGGAGUUCAGGGGCAGAAUGGCCAACUUCAAAGGACAUGCAUUACCAGGUACAUUCUUCCUGCUGUUUGGCCUGUGGUGGUCCAUUAAGUACAGUUUUCGACAGAAGCGCAGAAAAGAGAGGCUUGGAGACAGAGACAACCAAACCCUGACUCUGCUCUUUAACCGAAUAGACCUAAUCGAAGGGGUUCUGAAGAUUUUCUUCGCAUUUGUUGGGAUCAUGGCAGAGCAGUUUGUGCCGGACGGUCCUCAUGCUCACCUGUAUAAAGACGGCUGGGUGAAGCUGAUGAAUUGGCAACACAGCACUAUGUACCUGUUCUUCGGCAUCUCCGGCAUUGCAGAUGUUCUCAGUGUCUCCUCUCUACCUGUCCCAGUUGGUCUCGACCGCCUCUCACUAUCAUUGGCUCUCUUUGUGGAAGGGUUCCUUUUCUAUUUUCACGUUCACAAUCGUCCUCCUCUUGACCAGCACAUCCACUCUCUGCUUCUGGUUGCUGUGUUUGGCGGAUCAGCCAGCACACUGCUGGAGGUGUUCAAGAGAAAUAACCCAGUGUUGGAGCUUCUCAGAUGCAGUUUGGCCAUCUUACAAGGCACCUGGUUCUAUCAGAUUGGAUUUGUGCUGUAUCCUCUGAGUGGACCCCAAUGGAACCUGGAGGAACAUGGCAACAUCAUGUUUAUCACCAUGUGCUUCUGUUGGCAUUAUGCUGUGGCUCUGCUGAUCGUGGGAAUCUUCUACUGCGUCGUUUUUUGGUUUUCAAACUGGUGUGCAGGAAGGCAGAUGGGCGACAUGGAGUUGGGCCUCAGAAAAUCAACUUUCUCCAAUUCUAGCACCCAGAAAGCUUUGCUCCAAGAAUCAGAUGAAGAAUAGGUGG